AUGGCGUUUCACCAACCUUGGUGGAACCAGAUGGCGAUUUGUGGAGAAGCCGUCUAUGAGGAGCGUCCACAGGAGAUCCAUAUCUCCCAGAUCCUGAGGAAAAGUGGGCCCUCGGUAUUCGCUAUCGUGCCAGAGGCUGUGGAUUCCUCCCUGACCAAGACGGAUGUCCCGCUGACCUUACCCAGCAUUCCGGAGGAGGGCACCGCUGAAGUCCCGCUUCCUACUCACAUAGACUUGGACUUAAUCAAGUUCCCGGAGGCCGUGGAUCCCUCCGCCUUGUCAAGCUCUCUCACAGAAUAUCAAGCGCCACCCCAGAUGGACACAGACGCACAACCUGCUUUUGCGGAGGACGCCACUGAUGUCGCUGCAUCAGCUGUGGAGAAGCCAGUGACCCAGAUGGCACCAGAGUUUCACGAGUACCACCAGGAGGCACCGGCCCGGUCCGUGUCCAUCCAUCCGGGGGAGAAGCCCCAACCUGCACCUGCACCCCGCAUCCCAGACCUGUCGCCACCACCAACCUUGAGAGUGGGACAGAUCAACAACAGCGUCCUGACCUUCAAUCCCAAGGUCCAGCCAUGCUUCAUGCCCCCCUACAUGCUGCCCUGGAAACAAACUCAGGUAACUGCUCCAGCCCUUCCUGCACCCAUGCAGCCAGAAGUUCUGCCAGUUCCUGCACCGGCUGUGGAUUCCGGUCUGCAGCAAGCCACUGCAGCAUUUUCCAGGCUGUCGGCACUGCCAAUCCCUGCAGCCACCGGUAGAGGGCAGUGGCGCACCACUACCAACGCUACCCCCAGCUACCAGCAGAGGCUGGAGCAACCUCUGAUGAGGUUUAGCAGCUCUAGCAGUGAUGAAGAGCUGGACACCUACUUGUAA